AUGAAGGAGGGCAAUCACGUGCUCAAGCAUUCCUCGUGGACAAAUCGCCGAAAACGCCUUGCUUCGCGUGCGGGCCGAUGCGCGCCGAUUGGGUGGACAAUGUGCGGAUAUGUACUUCCAGGCGCGGAACGUUACAGGGUCUUGGGCAGAGGCCAGUCAAGCUGGAGGGGCACGGUGGCGGAUCACUACAGCGUGGAGCAAACUGACGCCGAGAUUCCAGAAUGGGUUGCUUUGGGUAAGGUUGAGCUCAAAGUAGUUCGUGGAUGUACGGACAGUGGCCUCCGCUACUUGAAUUUGUACGUGAAGCACCUAGGGCGGGCAGGAUUUGUUGUCGGAGGUCUGCUGGGAGAGGACGACCACGAGGACGUCAUGGUUCCUCCAGAGGCAUGUGCCACGCGUCUGGCCCUGGUGGAUUAUGUGGAAGCAGGCCUGAAAGCUCCAUCAGUGGCCUCGGUCGCAGUGGCAACCCUUGCGUGA